CCUGUAUCGAUCACAUUAUUUUCGUGUCUAUGACCAAGCCAGCUGCACACAGCCGUGAUUGAAUGCUAAAAUGAGUGCAAAUAUUAUUUUCUUAUCGAAAGUUAGUUAUCGUAUCUUCUCAAAUGACUUCUAUGCAGAUACGAAACAAGUAUAUAAUAAAACGGCAACGGUACCCAUCGAUGGAUUUCCGAGAAACGCAGGGAGCAAUUAAGUUCGCGAAAACGCUUUUUGAACAGAAACUGUCGGAUGUCUUACAUCUGGAGAAGGUGGUCAGCCCCAUAUAUAUAAAGGACGAGAGUUACCAUGACACAUUGGAUGGAGCACAGCGACCCAUCAAGUUCGACUUUAAAAAUGGAGAACACGGUAUGAUACUGCAUUCGCUGGCAAAAUGGAAGCGUGCAAUUCUAUCAAAAUACGGAUAUAAGGAUGGAGAGGGCAUAGUUACGGACAUGCUGGCGAUACGAAGAGAUGAAGAUAUUUCGAGGUUGCAUUCGUACCUGGUCGAUCAAUGGGAUUGGGAGAUGACGAUCUCAAAGCAAAAGAGAGAUCUUCACUUUUUGCAUGAAGUGGUCGAGAGGAUAUUUGGUGUGUUGAAAGAGGUUGAAAAUGAGGUUAAUGCGCGGUACCCGACAUUAUCUAAGAAGUUGCCGAGUCAUAUCACGUUCAUAACUACGCAAGAGCUCGAGAACCUAUAUCCCGAAAUGACCAUGGAUGAGAGGGAAUAUGCAAUUGUGAAAAAGCACAAAGCUGUUUUCAUAUCACAAAUUGGAGGUAAGCUCAUGUCUGGGAAAGUACAUUCUGUGCGAGCACCAGAUUACGAUGAUUGGAUGCUAAAUGGUGAUAUACUGGUUUAUAACGCCAAAAUGGAUUGUGCUGAAGAGCUUUCCUCAAUGGGCAUCAGGGUAGAUGCAGAGAGCUUAAAGGAACAGUUAGCGAAGCGUUCUUGUGACACGAUAACCGAUUAUCAUAGGAGGAUUAUGCAGGAAGAAUAUGUUUAUUCUGUUGGUGGUGGGAUAGGACAGAGCAGGGUUAUACUGUUCUUAUUGGAAAAGGAACACAUCGGAGAUGUACAGGCAGACACUGAAUUUAAUAAUAGUAAAAAUUAAUAAAAUUUAAUGCCCUC